UGUGUAGUGCAGUUCGCACAACUGUCAUUCAACUUCAUGCCGCUGAAAAGCAUGAGGAAUCAAAUGGGGAAAGACAAGUGAUAGUAGUCGUUCAAGAGGUCAAUAAUUUUUGCAGAUUCUGAGUAUUUUUCGUUUUGUUUGAAGAAAAUUGAACUAAUUGUCCGUACAUUUGUCAAAACGACAAAGACAACGAUAUUUCUUUACUGAGAUAUAUUUUUGCGAAAAAUGGCGUCCACGGAUUCGCAGGUCAAGAAUCGUUUACACGAUUUCAAGAAUAAAGGAAAAGAUCAAGAUGAAAUGCGAAGAAGACGAAAUGAAGUCACAGUGGAACUUCGGAAGAAUAAAAGAGAAGAAACACUCCUGAAGCGUAGAAAUGUACCGGUUGAUUCAACAGAUGAAGAAGAUUUGCUGUCCAACAUAAAUCUAAAGAAAUUGGUAGAAACAGCUGGAAAUCCAACAGAUCCCGAAAAGCAAUUGCAAGCCGUACAAGCCGCCCGUAAACUGUUAUCAUCGGACAGGAAUCCUCCGAUCAAUGACCUGAUCAAUAGCAACAUACUUCCAAUUUUAGUGGAUUGCCUGAAAAGGCACGACCACACUAUGUUACAAUUCGAAGCCGCUUGGGCACUUACAAAUAUAGCAUCUGGAACGUCGGAACAAACAAACCAGGUCGUGCGUGCUGGAGCUGUUCCUCUGUUUCUUCAACUUUUAUCGUCGCCAGCGCAAACAGUUUGUGAGCAAGCAGUUUGGGCUCUCGGUAAUAUUAUUGGCGAUGGACCGCAUCUACGUGAUUUUGUCAUCAAGCAUGGUGUCGUGCAGCCACUACUGUCAUUCAUUAAACCGGAUAUCCCCAUUUCAUUUUUGCGAAAUGUGACAUGGGUCAUUGUAAAUUUAUGUCGUAACAAGGAUCCACCGCCACCGCCUACUACCAUUCAAGAGAUUCUUCCUGCACUGAACGUUUUAAUACAUCACACAGACACUAAUAUCUUGGUAGAUACUGUAUGGGCUAUCAGCUAUUUGACAGACGGUGGCAACGAUCAGAUCCAGAUGGUUAUUGAUAGUGGCAUUGUUCCGAAGUUAAUACCUCUACUCGGGCAUGUUGAGGUAAAGGUUCAGACGGCUGCCCUUCGAGCUGUUGGCAACAUCGUAACCGGAUCCGACGAGCAAACGCAAGUAGUUCUCAACUAUGAAGCUCUGGCAUAUUUCCCUGCUCUUUUGACUCAUACCAAGGAAAAGAUUCGUAAGGAGGCAGUCUGGUUUUUAUCUAACAUAACGGCAGGAAAUCAAUUCCAAGUUCAAGCUGUCAUAAACGCUGGACUGCUGCCCAAGAUUAUUGACAACCUAAGUAAGGGCGAAUUCCAAACGCAGAAGGAAGCAGCUUGGGCUAUUAGUAAUUUAACCAUCAGCGGCAACAGGGAGCAAGUUGCCGAACUCAUUCGAGAAGGAGCCAUACCGCCAUUCUGUGAUCUACUGUCAUGCAAAGAUACUCAAGUGAUAAACGUUGUGCUAGAUGGUAUCAACAAUAUGUUGAAGAUGGCCGGACCGCACGUCGAACAGAUUGCCAAUAUGAUAGAAGAAUGCGAUGGACUGGCGAAAAUUGAAUCGUUGCAAAAUCACGAAAAUGUCGAAAUUUACAAAUUGGCCUACGAUAUUAUUGAACACUUCUUCUCAGAAGAGGCUGAUUACGACGCAAAUCUCGCACCGGCAGCUGACGAAAGUGGCUUUCAAUUUACCGCGAAUCCAAAUAUACCGAAUCAAGGUUUUCAAUUUUAAUCAAUACAAAGUAAAAACACAAGGAAUUGUGUGCACUUGAUUUUGCGGUGAAGAACGAGAUAACAUCUAAAUGAAACAAAUGCAAAUGGUUAAAUUUAAAAUAAAUUAAUAGUAUAGCAAUUUUCUGAGCUAUAUUUACAAGUUAAAUUGUUUAUAAUUUUGAAAAAAUAUCUUUUUUUGUAUAAAUUUAAACGAAGAUUUUUCUUUGUUUCGACCAUACUAUAAUACAAAAUAUAUAGUUGAUUAUCAAGCCUGAGAACGAAAACCAUAGAGAAAUAUUGGCAAUGAAUUAUUUUUUUUUAAAAAAAGGAUAACAAAAUUCGUACAGAAAAAUAAAAUCGUGGAUGGAAAAUAUAACUAGGAUUAUAUUCUCUAUAUUUAACUAAAAUAAUAAAAAUCAUAUAUAAGCUUAAAA